UAUUUUGCAGAAAAAACAUAAAAGGCAGAACAGUACGGGUGCUAAAUAUAAGGGGUGGUGGUGGUUCCAGGACACAAUUUGGGUGUGUCGGGUUUCGGUCUCAUCAGCUAGCAAAUGUGAGCAAAUCUUUUGAAGUUUCUAGCACGUUGCACUAUGUUCCUUUGUCCUCAAAUUGCCUAACGCAGAACAAAUUGGAAAGCCACUCCGUCACGCCUCUCUGUCUCUAGUCGUCUUCUUCUCUCUCCAACUCUUCAUUCCAUUGAUUUCUAACGUGUUUCUGUCUCAGAGCUUGAAUCCUGAAGAAAGAAUCUUUGAAACCCAAAAAAAAAGAAAGACCCAAGGAAAGAAAUAAUUCACUUCUUAUCUGGAAAACUGUUCUUUCUUCUCAGCUGCUUGAAUCUGUGAAGUCCUCUCCAAUGAAAGGAACGCCCCUUGACCUUAUUUUUUAAUUCCCUUCUUUAUAAAAUCAUUUUUAACUAGUUGCUUGAUUAAGUCCACUCUCAUGGAUUCAAUUUGAGUCUUGAAAUCCCACCAAAAAGGAAAAGAAAAAAAUGGUUGCAAAAUUGAUGGUUACCCACUUCAAAGCAUCGAAUUUUGGGUUGGCUUCUUUGAUUUCUGGCAAUAAAGACGUUUGCAAGUUUGGAUAUUUCUCAAGAAACUCUGCUUCGCGGCACAAGUUAAGAUUCAAGCUUGUGGGAGCUCAGGGGGAUAGGUGGAAGCUCAAUGACAUUGAUACCAAUGCUAUGCAAGAAAGAAUAAAUUCAUGGCUGUCAAAGACCCAACAUUUUUUGACUGAGGUAACUUUGCCACUAGUAAAAAAUGGUCACAGCGGAAAGCCUGAUCCUGGAAAUGAGAUCGACACUCAAGCCAUGGAGGACAUUUUUCUGGCAGAACAGACUAUUCCUAGUAGUACACCCAAUGGAAACCUAUCAUUGGCUGCUAUUGUGUCUAUUGAGCAGUUUAGCAGGAUGAAUGGAUUGACUGGGCAAAAAAUGCAGAAGAUAUUUAAAGCUCUCGUUCCUAAACAUGUGUAUGAUGAUGCUCGUAAUUUGGUGGAGUAUUGCUGCUUUAGGUUCUUGUCAAGGGAUGCAUCUGAUCUCCAUCCCUGCCUUAAGGAACCUGCAUUCCAGAAACUAAUUUUCAUCACAAUGCUUGCUUGGGAGAAUCCUUACUGCAGUGAAGAUGAUUUCAAUGCCCAUGCAUCAAGAAAAGCUUUUUUUCAGGGAAAGCUGGUGGGAGAAGAGGCUUUCUCUCGUAUUGCUCCAGCAAUUUCUGGUUUAGCUGAUCGCCCUACAGUGCACAACCUUUUCAAAGCUCUUGCUAGUAAUGAACAAGGCAUCUCAUUAAGAGUGUGGCUAACUUAUAUUGAUGAACUUCUCAAAGUGCAUGAAGGAAGGAGAUCUUAUCAGGUCCGUGAAUAUCCUCAGCUCUCAGAGGAAAGGAUCUUGUGCCUUGGUUCCAGCAGGAAGCGCCCUGUUCUAAAAUGGGAGAAUAACAUGGCAUGGCCAGGAAAACUUACUCUAACAGAUAAAGCGCUGUAUUUUGAGGCAGUUCGAUUUCAAGGGCAAAAAGAUGCAGUAAGACUUGAUCUAACCAGGCAUGGAUUGGAAGUGAAGAAAGUAAAAGUUGGACCUUUCAAUUCAGGGCUUUUUGACUCUGGAGUAGCUGUUUCAUCUGGUCCUGGAUCACAGACAUGGGUACUGGAGUUUGUUGACUUGGGAGGUGAAUUGAGACGAGAUGUUUGGCAUGCUUUUAUCAGUGAAAUUAUUACCCUACACAAGUUUCUUAGUGAGUAUGGACCAGAUGAUGACGAUCAAUCACUAUUUCAAGUAUUCGGUUCUCACAAAGGGUGGGAAAAGGCUAUCACGGGUGCCCUUAAUGGCAUUGCUAGACUUCAGGCUCUCCAGUUUAUGCGAAAGUUGUUGGAUGAUCCAAUCAAACUUGUUCAGUUCUCUUAUUUGCAAAAUGCACCCUAUGGUGAUGUUGUUUUCCAAGCUCUAGCUCUAAAUUAUUGGGGUGGACCUUUAGUUGCAAAAUUUACAGAUGCCGGGUAUCAACGAGCUCAAGCAAUAAGCCCUUCUGAAGAGGUAUAUGAAGUAAAUGAUCAUGUAUUUGACAUUGAUGGAAGUGUUUACUUGCGGAAAUGGAUGAGAUCUCCAUCUUGGAGUUCUAGUGCUUCCAUUGGUUUUUGGAAGCAUUCUCCAAUUAGACAAGUAGUAGUGUUAAAUAAAAAUCUUGUUGUGGCUGAUGAGACCCUAGUAGAAAGGGCAGCAGCAAUCUGCAAACAAAAAUACCAGGCAGUGGAAAAAACUCAAGCCACAAUUGACGCAGCGACACUUCAAGGGAUACCCAGUAAUAUUGACCUUUUCAAGGAACUUAUUCUUCCUUUGACAAUAACAGCUAGGAAUUUUGAAAGGCUUAGACGCUGGGAGGAGCCACACCUGACUCUCUCUUUUCUUGGAUUUGCAUAUACAAUUAUUUUCAGAAAUCUGCUGUCAUAUAUGUUUCCCAUGGUAUUGCUUGUCUUAGCCACUAGCAUGCUAACGCUUAAGGGGCUCAAGGAGCAAGGUCGCCUGGGUAGAUCUUUCGGAAAAGUCACUAUCUGUGAUCAGCCACCUUCAAAUACCAUUCAAAAAAUUAUAGCUGUAAAAGAUGCUAUGCGUGACGUGGAAAACUAUCUCCAGAAUCUGAAUGUUACCCUCCUGAAAUUACGUACGAUUCUCCUUGCAGGUCAGCCUCAGCAGAUAACAACUGAGGUCGCACUGGUGUUGUUAUCAUCUGCAACCAUUCUUCUUGUUGUCCCUUUCAAGUAUGUUCUUGCCUUUCUUCUAUGCGAUCUCUUCACUCGAGAGCUUGAAUUCAGGAGGGAGAUGGUUAGGAGAUUCAUAAGUUUCCUGAAGGAGCGUUGGGACACUGUGCCUGCAGCCCCUGUAAUUGUAUUACCAUUUGAAGGUGAGGAGUCCAGAUCAGUGAAUCAAAGAAGCCAAUCGGAUAAAAAGGCAAUUAGAAAGAAGGCAGAGCAGUCAGAGGCCUAGAUAGUUUUUGGACAUACGCAUAUGCUGUAAUUUUGUAGUGAAAAAUCAUUUCCUAUAUGGCAUACAAAAAGGCAAAUUGCAUUGAAUUUCUUCCUCCAUUUUUGUAUGGACCUCACUGCACUGACAUGUGGCAAUUUAUUUCUUGCUCUUGGCCAUAUAAAUUAUAGUCAGAUGAUUGUUCGAGUUAGUUAUGGGCCUGGACCCUUCUGUUCUGAAGCACAUUUUUCAAAGGGAUGGGGAAGUAUGCCAUAUUUAUUGGAAAUUUCAUACAUGUCACUGUUCUUAGCAACUUCAUCAAGCUAUGUGGAUUUUAUUUAAGGUUGACCUAAACUUCUGGUGAAGCUUAUACUGAAUUACAUAAAAAAAUAUUAGCUUGGACUGUACAUCAUUCAUCCAGGUUGUGUACUGAAAGAAUCCAGAAGAAAAAGAAGAGAAUAAAACAUAGCAUCCUUUUAGAUUUCAAACUGAUACACCCUGUACAGGAUUUCCUACAUCUGUAAAGUGGAAAUCAAAGGUGCUUUGAAGUCCUCUGAUCGUGAAAGGAGCAAAUUGUUUGGUUCCCGGAUUCAGCACCAACAUAUUAGUAGGGAUCAUAACUUGCUAAAAAUGACCCUUUCUUCUUUGAAGAUAUUGUUGUUUGUUCGGAAGUCCUGGGUUUUAAUCAAAUGAUGGAGAUUUGACCAGUGAAAUGAUUGGUUUCCAGCUUUCCAAAAGAAUCCAGACGAAAAGGAAGAAAAAAAAAACAAAGCAUAACAUCCCUUUUUUAGAUUUCAAAAUGAUGAACAGCUGUGCAGGAUUUUGCUAGAGCAAAAUUUGUAAAAUGGAAACCAAUGGGAAUGCCAGCAUCACAAUCCUCCAGCUUUGAGAGAAUGCCUUGAAGCCCUCUGAUGUAGUACUGCAAACAAACUUCUGAUUCUGAUAGGAGCAAAUUGUACUGUUCCUGGAUUCAGCACCAACACAUCAGUGAGCAUAAUAACCCAAAAAAUACCCUUAUACCAAUUUAUGUUACACAGACAGACUUUUCAGGUAUCUGUAUCCGACACUUCUUGAAUAAUUCACUAUUUAUAUAGACAA